AUGUUGAGUCUUGAGCCGGAAGAGGUGGGCUUUCAUCUUGGACAGGGGAUUAACUUUUCCCGUGUAGAUGUCGCUAAACUACUCCGACUACGCUCCUUUGCUAAUAUUCGAACACAAUUUUCGACGUCUGGUGUGGCGACUUUGAUAGCCUAUGUCAAAUACCUUGAACGACUCUCGAACGGGUUAAAGACGGAUACGAUCGAUAAGCUGGUGGCCGAGAAGAAACAACUGACUUUAAUCGAUGCGAGUGACAAUUCCGCUUUCUUCACCACAUGCUGGCCAAUGGCAAUAGUCAAGGAUCUGGCCAAAACCUUCUUCGACGGGGACUUAUAUUCUCUCCAGCAACUAACCGAAGCCUGCUCCCUAUCCAAGGAUCUCGGUGUGCCUAUUACGACGCUGCAGGAAUUGAAGACAGCACUAUCAUCCUCAUCUGCAUCUACAAGUGGUGGUGCACUCGCACGAGCGAAGGAAGUCGUCAUCCCUAGACAACAACACGUAUUGCAAGAAUACAUCAUCCGUUUGCCAGUCUUUGUCAACCGUGGUAUCAUCACCACCGGCGAUCUAUCGGCGGAUUUCCUCAUGGACCUACAGAUGGGUCCACCGAUGGAGACAUCACGAAUCGGGCAGGCCAUCGCCAGCGCACAAUUCUUCAUCCAAUGA